CCUGCCGCCGAGCCUCGCCCGCUCCCCGUCCCAGUCCCUCGCUCCACGCUCACACUCGACUCACACACAAGCACGCCGCCAUCCCGCGCUGCCUCUGCACCACACUCACCCUCGCCAUCGGCAGCUGGCCGUCUGCGCACGCUUGACGUUCGUUCCAUCGAGACGCUCGCAGCGCUGCCCUGCGCCGCCGUCGCGCGCCGCCUGUGCCGCCUGCUCCUCCAUCCGCAUCGCACCCACGCUCUUUCACCGUCCACUCUCACUCGCAGCGACACCGCCAGCACCGCCGCCGCUGCCUUGCGCCCGGCGCACAGCCGUCCGUGCCUGGCCUGUGGUGCUGAGCUGGGCCCAACGUCGCACGCCGGCCCGAGUGCUGCUGCCGAGCGGCUGCGUGCCGCAGCUGCUGCUCGUUGCCGCUGCCGCCGCCGCUGCUGCUGCCACCGCCUCGCCUGCCCGCCAUGGAGAUGCUCAACAUCACCGACUCCGAGUUCGAGCGCGAGGUCGAGGCGCUCAAGUCGCACCGCCGCAUCAGCGUCAAUCGCCCGCUGAUGGACCCGGACCUGCCGGACCUCGCGGCCGCGCACGGCGGCGGCCGCGAGAUCAUGGGCUCCGAGGCGGCGGGCACGCCGGGCGGCGCAGGCGCAGAGCGCGGCGGCAUCGACCUCACCGACGAGGGCCCGCUGCUGGCCUCGUCGCCGUCGGGCCGUGCCGCUCGCAGCACGGGCGCCCGGCAGGCCUUCACGGCGCGCCGCAGGGGUGCCGGUGCGGCCAGCGCGAGCGGCGGCGCUGAUGACGGCGCCUCAUCGAGCGAGUCGUCGGGCAGCCGCGCCACACGCAGCACCGGCGCGCCGGUGCAUGAUGAGGACACGCCGCUCUCGCGCCCGACGGACCCGGCGCACCUCUUCUGGGUGCCGGCGUCGAUGCACCCCGAGAUCUCGCCGUCCGACUUCCGCAAGUUCCUGCAGGAGCAUGCCAGCCGCGCCGCCAAGGACCACACGCCGCCCGAGUCCGGCAGCGGCUCGCCGGUGAUCCCGACGGCUGCUACCUUCGCCGGCGCUGCGAGCGGCCCGCAGUCGAGCUAUCCCUUCGCCGCGCGCUCGGGCGCCGCGGGGCCGACGCCGCCGCAGUCGCCCAUCGACCUCGUGAGCCGCAGCACAUCCAUUGCGCGGCGCGGCAGCACGCUGCGUCGCCAGUACCGGCCCGAGAACGAUAAUGACGACUCAGACGGCGGCCGCGCAGGCGCCUCGUCGGCAUCUGUUGUGCGCGGCGGAAGCGCGCGCCGAGGCGGGCCGCCUCCGCUGUCGCUCGAGGACUUGCACAAGCUGGAGCAGCUGGCGGAGGAGGCCAGCAAGAGCCAGGACCCAACACAGCUGCGCAGUGUUCUGCGUCGCACUUUGAGCCUGAGUACGACGCCGUCAGCGCUCGACCAGGUCGAUGCUGUGCCCGCUGCCGAGGCAGAAGACGCACCGCUCAUCGUGCCGCGACCCGGUCAGAUCCUGCGGCGCGCUGCGCGGACGAAGAUCCGCAAGGCGUCGCUGUCGGGCGAGAACGGCGGCGUGCGGCCACCGGGCCGGAGACGAGGCGCCGGCAGCACGGGGCCAGAGGAGAUCGCCGCCGCUGCGGCUGGGGCACAGCAGCAGCCACUCACGGACAUGGCAGCCGUCGCACGGGCAUUGAUGGAGCGCCGCUCGAGCAAAGAGUCGGAGCAGUCCUCGGGCGACGACGACGGCACCAGCGGCAGCUCUUCAAGGCCCAUCUCGGACGAGGCGACUGAGUCCAUCGUCGACGCCUACUCGCGCGACUCGUUCAUCUCCGAGGCGAGCCAGCGCACGAGCGUCACGAGCCUCGCCGACAGCCUGCAAGACGGCAGUGGCAGCGGUAGCGGCAGCGGCGACAGUGCCACCAGCCCGCACACUGCCAAGCGCGUCGAGGGCCGCACUGACAGCCGCAGCCCGUCGCCGCCCGUCACGCCGACGCAGGCGUCGCUGAAGAGCAGCCGCUCGGGCACCGACUACUUCGACGAGCAGCGUGAGGCAGCUCUGAAGCAGGCUCAGCUGCAGCAGCAAGAGCAGGCAUCGCAGCGCGAGGCGCGACCCGCUCCGGCACUGCAGCCGCUCGACGAAUCGCUGCGUCUCUCGCUGAGCGGCGCGCCUGUCACCGAGUCACCGGCGCACUCGCCGGACGACGAGCCGUCGCCGUCGGAGCGCGAGCGCGCCUACCCUGCCAUCCGCCCAGUCGCAGUCUCGCACGUGCCUCCUGUGCCUUCCUUUGAGAAGGCGCGGACUGCGCCUCAGCCGCCACCGGCCGCGGCACCAGCUCUCCCGGCGCCCGUGUACGCGCCGCCGGCGCAGCAGAGCACGAAGCGCGAGCAGCCGCUGCAGCAGCCGCCGGCCGCCGUCAAGCCGACUGCCUCGCGCGAAAGUCUGCCACAGGCGGCCUCGCGUCCUGGCAAGGAGAAGAAGAGCGGCUUUGCCUCCUGGUUUGGCAUCGGCAAGGAGGAUGACGAGGCGGAGAAGCAGGCCAAGGCGCGCAAGCGCGAGCGCAAGGAGCGCGAGGCUAUGGAGCAGGAGCAGCGCGAGCAGCGGGAGCGCGAGAAGGAGAAGGAGCGCGAGAAGGAGCGCGAGCGGGAAAAGGAGAAGGACUCGUCGAGCUUCCUUGGCGCGCUCUUUGGCAGCAAGAAGAAGGGCGGCGACGAUGCGGCGCUGAACCAGCAGCAGAUGGGCAUGCGCCCCGCCGACAGCCACAUCACUGCCGGCAGCCUGCUUGACCGCAGCAGCGGCGGCCGCGGCCCGAAUGCCAACUACUACCGCUACCCGAUCCACAUCGAGCGCGCCGUGUAUCGCCUCAGCCACAUCAAGCUGGCAAACCCGCGCCGCCCGCUGUACGAGCAGGUGCUCAUCUCCAACCUCAUGUUCUGGUACCUUUCCAUCAUCAACCGCUCGCAGCAGCAGCAACAGCAGCAGCUUCUGCAGCAGCAGCAACAGCAACAGCAGCAGCAACAGCAGCUGCUCUUGCAACAGCAGCAGCAGGCUCAGCAGGCGCAGCCGCAGCAGCCGCAGCAGAACGCUGCGCCAUCGCUGCAGAUGCUGCAGCCGUCGCCGCAGCUGAUGCCUCAGGUGCCCCAGUCGCACGCCGGCGACGACCAUGGCCGCCAUGCUGGUGCCAUGUCUGACUCGUCGGGACACGCGGAGGCGCCGACGCACGUGGAGCACGAGCGCCCGCAGUCGAAGACGAAGCGCGCGGGCCUGGUGAAGCCCAACCGCGCUCCGCCAGGAAGCCGCUCCGCCGAGAUGGCCAUUCCUGCCGCGGCGUACGGUGCCCAGCACCGCCAGAUCAACAACGACUUGGCGAUGCAGCAGCACCAGGCCAACCACCACAGCAGCUCCCCGCCGCCGGCCUCGCACGUGGCGCAGAUGGCACCCGUCACGCCGCCGCCGACGUUUGCUGUGGGCCAGGUCGUCGACCCUCGUGCGCUUGGCGUGCACACCGGCUACCAAGGCCCGCAGUCGAGCGCGGGCGCCAACGGCAGGCUGCCGCCCGGGGCCAUGUCGCCCUGCGGCUCGUCGCGGUCAACGUCGCCGGGCUACGAUUCAUCCGGCGUCUCGCCGGUCUCGGGCGGCCAGCGCUCGUACUCUCCCUCGGGUGCGCCAGCAUCGCACGAGUCGCGCUCGACCAGCUCAGGCGCGUGGCUGGGCAGCAACAGCGCUGGCGGCGGCGCUGGCAGCGGCGGCCGCACUUCGCCUGGCGACGGACGCAGCUCGCGGCGGUCGCCCAGCGGCAGCCAGAGCGGCGCUGAUGAGCACUCGUGGCUCGGAGCAAGCGGCACUCGCUCGGGCUCGCGCUCUCCGCACGGCGAGCGCAGCAGCGACCCCAUGUCGCAGGCGUGGCGCGUCGAGGGUGAGCCGUGGCUUGGCAGCGAGGAGAUGGGCGCCCGUCGUGCGACCCGCUCCAGCGACCCUACCGGCAACGAUGGCUUCUACACCCCGAGCCCUGCUGCCAGCUACCGCCCAGACGCGGCACCGAACGGCUACGGCCACCGCCACGACUCGCGCAGUCUCGACGCGGGCGACGGACGCGAGCGCAAGGGCAGCGGCGACGAGGGCUCGCGGCCCUCUACUGCCGGCGAGACGAGUAGCUACACGACGUCGUCGCAAGAGCCUGCGUCUGCCGCGGCGCGGCCGCGCAUCAAGACGGCGACGAGCCGCAGCGGAUCGUCGGGGCCCGGCCACUCGCCGAGCGCGCCGGCUCGCACGUCCAGCCCGCCGGCCAUCUCCCUUGCCGGCAGCAGUGCCAUGCUUGAGGCUGCGCGCUCCAGCCAGUCGCGCCGCCGCUGAGCCGUUGCGAUGCCCUGGGCUGCGCACAGCACAGCUGUGCUUCUUGACACACCUUUGUCCCAUCAUCCCUCAUCCCAUCUGCGACCAUCUCCACUCCCAUCCCUUCCUCGACCCCUCUGGCAUCUCUCAGCUCAUCAAUCGGCACGUCUCUCUAUCACCACCACAAUGAACGCUUUGCUACUCAGGC